AUUGACCUCCAUCUGCUGCCCGUUUCUUUGUCACAAGCAUAACAUACCACCUUCUUCAUCCGAUAUACAUACAGGUACGCGCAUUGAGAAUUGCGCGUCGCGGCCGUGCUUCGUGCCGUACAAGAGCCAAACGGAGACGCGAGGUUCGCCGUUUGCGAGCUUGCGGCCAUGACUCAAUCCAUGUUGUCAGAGCGACAACGGGAGGAGCUCAAUCGGUCCAUCUUGGACUACUUUAAGACGCAAGGACUCACACAAUCCUUCGAUGCGCUCGCGCGAGAGACUGGGCAAGAUGGCUUUGUUGUAGAUCCGAAGGCCAAGUAUGCGGGAUUACUGGAAAAGAAGUGGACGAGCGUCAUCCGACUGCAGAAAAAGCUGAUGGAGCUCGAGGCGAGAAACACGCAGUUGAUGGAAGAGCUCGCAGCAGCGCCGAUUGCGCGCCGGUCAGCUGGCAAUCAGGAUUGGACACCUCGAAACCCAGCACGGCAUACACUGCAAAGCCAUCGUUCGCCCAUCACGCGCGUCGCCUUCCAUCCCGUGUUUAGCCAGCUCGUGUCCGCCUCCGAGGACUCGACGAUCAAGGUAUGGGAUUGGGAAACGGGAGAAUUCGAGCGCACGCUUAAGGGGCACACGAAAGCUGUACAAGAUGUCGAUUUUGAUUCGAAGGGAAAUUUUCUGGUGUCAUGCUCCUCAGACUUGACCAUACGCGUCUGGGACACAAACAACGAAUGGAGAACGACAAAGACGCUCUUUGGACAUGAUCACAGCGUAUCAUCUGUACGUUUUCUGCCGGGUGACGUACACAUUGCAAGUGCAAGCAGAGAUCGGACAAUCAGGAUAUGGGAAUUUGCCAGCGGGUAUUGCACAAAGACUUUGAGUGGGCAUGUGGAAUGGGUCCGAUGCGUCACGCCUUCGGAUGAUGGGAGACUAUUACUCAGCGCUUCAAAUGACCAGACGGCGCGAAUAUGGGACUUGAGCUCGGGCGAGAGCAAAGUGGAGAUGCGAGGGCAUGAGCAUGUGGUUGAAUGCGCAGUGUUCGCGCCUUUGUCCGCCUAUGCCCCCAUUCGGGAGUUGUGUGGAUUGGGUCCAGCUGGCGCGGCAGACAAGCAACCCGGUCUAUAUGUGGCCACAGGUAGUCGAGAUAAAAGCAUUCGUCUGUGGGAUACGCAGAGCGGGCAAUGCCUCAAGACCUUGACUGGCCAUGAUAACUGGAUCCGCGGUCUGGUGUUUGCGCCAUCCGGCAAAUACUUGCUGUCCGUUUCGGACGACAAGACAAUGAAGGUGUGGGAUCUGAAGACAGGACGUGUAUCGAGGACGAUCGAUGCACACUCGCACUUCGUCACAUCCAUCGCCUGGGGCCGUGCAAGAGUAGACAGCGGAUCUUCAGAGGCGGCACCGGAUGGUGUUGAGCCUGCUAUGGCAACCUCGGGCCAGCUGAAUGGCAAUGGAAAAUCUGCGAUUGCGGAUGCGAAGACAGUCAAUGUCGUUGCUACCGGCUCUGUCGACCUCAACAUCAAAGUCUGGACGCCGUGAAGUUGUCAUUAGGUCGCUCGCUCCCAUUCGUUAACCCUGUUCGCGCAUACGAUACCCCUUUCGCCACAUCGCAGCAGGCGCCAUUCCUGCGGCUCAGGAGGCAGUUGUCUUGCCUGCUGAUGUAUCAUAGAGACCGUCUUGC